UCCUCCACCUGAUUGGCUGAAGAUCAUGGCGCAUGCAAAACAGUACGUUUUUGCCAAACAAUCAGGGGCUGGUGGAUAUCAAACGCGUCCUCUUCGACCCAAAUAUUGCGGAAAAAAAUAAAUUCCUUGAAGCUUUUUGUCGUGUGAUCGCUUUAUAGAAUGGCGGAAAGCGAGGUGGACACGCCGAGCACCCCGAUCGAAUACGAGAGCAAAUAUUUUGAGUAUCAUGGAGUUCGACUCCCUCCUUUCUGCAGGGGCAAAAUGGAUGAGAUCGCCAACUUUUCGUUAAGAAGUAGCGACAUAUGGAUCGUCACGUAUCCCAAAUCAGGUACAAGUUUGUUACAGGAGGUAGUAUAUCUGGUGAGCCAGGGAGCUGACCCAGAUGAGAUUGGGCUCAUGAAUAUUGAUGAGCAACUUCCUGUGUUGGAAUACCCACAGCCUGGAUUGGAGAUUAUCCAGGAACUGACAUCGCCUCGACUGAUCAAAAGCCAUCUGCCCUUCCGUUUCCUUCCCACAGCAAUGCACAAUGGAGAAGGCAAGGUGAUCUACAUGGCCAGGAAUCCUAAAGAUCUGGUGGUGUCCUACUAUCAGUUUCAUCGCUCUUUAAGAACAAUGAGCUACAGGGGAACAUUUCAGGAGUUCUGCAGACGAUUCAUGAAUGACAAGUUGGGAUAUGGCUCCUGGUUUGAACAUGUUCAGGAGUUCUGGGAGCAUCGCAUGGACUCCAAUGUUCUCUUUCUGAAAUACGAGGACAUGUACAAGGAUCUGGGGACCCUGGUGGAGCAGCUGGCGCGGUUUCUGGGUGUCUCCUGUGAUAAAGUGCAGCUGGAGAGUAUGGUGGAGAGCUGCAACCAGCUCAUAGAGCAGUGCUGUAACUCUGAGGCCCUGUCCAUCUGCCGGGGUCGUGUUGGACUGUGGAAGGACAUUUUCACUGUGUCCAUGAAUGACAAGUUUGAUGCUGUGUACCGACAGAAGAUGGCAAAGUCUGACCUGACCUUUGACUUUAAUCUGUGAGGGGGUGACUCAGUCUGUGGACUAUCUGUCAACUGUUUCACGAACAAACCAACCAAUCAGUUCACCUGCUGGCCUGCUGUGCUUAAUGAUGGAUAUUCCCCAUCACUGAGCUUUUAUCUUUACAUCCCUAGCAUUUUUUGCUCAUCACUGCUUUUAUGAGUUACCGGUACUCAAAAGUUACUUCUUAGAACUGAUACAAGGUCAGUACUGAGGCUUCGUUCAGACAGGCACUGUAAACCCUAAUGCUCAAAAUAAUUAAUUGUUUUGAUUAGGGAAAAAUUAAAUCAGACUAAUUAGUUCAAAUAAAUGAACCUUGAUGAGUAUAUAGAACAUUCUCUUUCUUCUGAUUUCACGAAUUUGACACCUUUUAAGUAACCUGAAUUGUUUAUUGUUUUGAGUUUAACGACCUUGUCUCUUUAAACUUACAGGAACUUAAAUUUAACUGAAACUGGUCACUUUCCUAGCAUGCUUUGCAUGGCACUCGACAGGGAGAGUAAAUGUUAAAAUCAAGUGUUAUACAAUGUCUUUGUGCAAGAUGAAUGUAAAGGGGGAGAUUUGUUAGUGUUUAAUGUUUGUGUUAUUUAGAAGAGUAUCUGUUGUUUGAGUUACCAUUAUGGUGAAUAGUGGAGCUUGAGUUUAGGUUGAGGACAGGUACAGCGUAUGAAUGUUUUAUGUUAACUUUACUCAUUUAGCAAUUGCUAUGCAAAUCAAAGCAUAGUGUUUCCAAUUAGCAUGCAUUUAGCAUGCUAACAUUCACCGUACUAGUUUGUACUAGUAAGGUUUCGUGUAUGUGAAUUACAUAAGUUGAGUUUACUUGUUAAUUUUAAGUGCAGCCAAAGAGUUAAAGUUAAGUGCCAUCAAAAUUUAAGAGUUAGCUUACUCAAUAUUUCAAGUUAAGAGCAACUCACAUGCAUGUGCAUACAAAAUUACAAUCUGAAUGUUCUAUUAACUUAAAAACUUUGAUGUAACUGAUUGCCUAAAUUUUUUUGAGUUCUGCUAUCUUAUUAGGGUAUCCGACUCAAAUCACAUCCAUUUGUGGUUUUAAAUUAUAUAUAUAUAUAUUUAUUUAUUUUUUUUUUUUUUGGAAUGCGUCUCAGUUUGAACGGUCAGAUUGGAUUUCAAAAAGUUUUUCCGUCAUAUAGGAUGCAACGCGUAUCUGCACAAUAUUGCCAGAAAUGGUCUGAAUACGCAAUUUUUUUUCACAGUCAGUCCUAAAAUUCAGAUUUGAAAACCAAAUUGGAUUUUGUACAGUGUGAACAAAGCCUAAAAGGUAUUUCCAGAGCUUUCUCUUGUGUGUAUUUGUAUAAACAGCAAUGCUUUAGACAGAAGUAAGAGCACGGUGCUUGUUGCGUUUGUACAUUGUACAGAGCUAUUCAUAUCCCAAAGGCGCUUAUGAAAUAUGUAUUUAUUAAAAACAAUAAAGAAAUGAUUUAGACUAUAUUCUAUAUGCUAAACGCUAAACCCAUCUGAAAAACUCUCAGAAAAAAAAGAUUGUUUUCAUUUUUCAGGAGGAUUCUGUAAAAUCAUUGGCUACUAGCUGCACCAAAUAUGCAGUCAUCCAAUCACAUCUCAGGAGGUGGAAACCCGACUCUCAUAAUGAAUGCUGAUUGGAUACUGGCCAACAUAUCUCGAUGUAUGUGUAUAAUCUCAUUUCGUCUCUAGUGGCUUUUAGACAGCUUUGACUUCAAUUCCAUUACAGCCAUUCAUAGAAACUGCAGUGAAUGGUAUUACAUAUUUGUCUUAUGUUUACACACUUGUGCAUGUUUUUCAUCUGUGAGCUUAUAGCUGUGAGAGUGUGUGUAUGAAUAAGCCUAUCACAUCUACACAUUGCACAAUUGCAAUAUCUUAUUACUCCAUAAUCAUUCACAUUAGUGUGUGCUCUGUUAAUAUAAGCAGCAUAAUGCCUCUAAGUGCAAUCUCCCUCCGGCCCAGUCUGUGAAUCUGCCUAAAUGAAAAGAAGGAGAGUGAGAGGGGCAUGCAACAUUUAACACUUAGUUACAUGCAUAUCAUAAUAUAAUGUCUCAGAAGUGUUGUUACGAUCAGGUAUGCUCUCAUAAUUACAUCAUUAUGUCUAAUUUAGAAGCAUAAAAGAUGCAUUAGGUCAAGUCAAAGUGAAAACAAGAUGUUUUCUUAAAAUACCAGCACUCUUAACAGUCAGUUAUAACUUCACAAAUGUUCACAUAUUAAUUAGGAAGCUCCUUUGGUUCACAUCAUCAUCAAUUUCCAUGCAUGUUCUCUUUCAUUGUGGACAGUGUCAUGCCCCCCUUUCCAACAAAUGCUUCUUGCCUCUGGACGUAUUUGUCUAGUACCCCUGAAUGUCUGCUGUGUUGGACUCAACAGCAAAACACAUGUAUACUACUAUGACACAUACUUGUAUUAGUACUGCUCAUGUCUGUGGCUACACAGUCAACAACAGACUUAGUCCUGCUGUGCUGUCUUAAAUAACACUAAAUGGUGGCUCAACAUUGUUUUCUUUUCAUUCUUGCAAGCUGGUUUAUUAAUAAAGUGACAUCUUCAGGCCUUGA